AGUGGACACUCCCCCAUGUUGGCUAACACACCCUCCAGCUAAAGACAGACUCUCUACAGUCCUGCCACAGGCUGUUCAAACCGGACAACUCUGCCGCCAAGGUGGAGAGCUUAUCUGUGAGGAAAUCAGAGAAGGGUCCCAGCUACUGACGAUCCCACACUCCCUCAUCAACAUGGGGGCUGUCAUCUCACGGUGGAAGGCUAAACCAUCCACUGUGGAGAUUUUGGAAGUAAUCGAUAAGGAUAUUCAGACUCUUGAAGAGUACGGUGAAAAGUACCAGAGGCAGUUGAAGAUAUGGGUUGGACGGCUGCUCCUGUACUCGUCUCUACUCUACCUGGUCACAUGCAUUGUGGUGUAUUUCUGGUAUCUACCUGAGCAGUUGAUGGGACGGCUAAUAUUAUCUCUCCCCUUUGUAAUAUUUCCUCUUAUAGUUUGGUUGCUUCGAAAGCUGCUUAUUGUUAUUUUUUCACGCAGAACUGAAAAAAAUAAUGAAAAAUUAGAAGAUCUCAAAGCACAAAAGAGGAAAAUUCUUGAAGAAGUGAUGGAAACAGAGACGUAUAAAAACGCUAAAAUGAUUCUGGAGAGGUUUGAUCCUGAUUCCAAGAAAAAGAUUGAGCUUGAAUCCACUCCAGCUGGACCACAGAUGACUCCAAAACCAGGACAAGAGCUUCGCCAUCGCAAUGUCAUUCCAAAGACCCCAACAUUGCUGGUGAAUCCUGUGAGCGGGGAUGCAGCCCGCCCUCCUCUCGCCUCUGGGCCCACCUAUCCUGGCCGAUCUUCCCACUCUGCUCCAGGUGGACCCCCAGAGAGGAACCUGUCGGCUAUAGCUGCUCAGCAGAGCUUGAUGAGGAAGCCUGUGACCCCUGGAACACCUGUUCCAGGAGUCGGGAUGCACCCUCCGGGGCCGCCCUUGGCCAGACCUGUGCUCCCGAGGGAAAGAGGUGCUAUGGACAGAGUCAUUGAGUAUCUUGUUGGGGAUGGCCCUCAGAACAGAUACGCUCUCAUAUGUCAGCAGUGUCUCUCCCAUAACGGCAUGGCAUUAAAGGAGGAAUUUGAAUACAUUGCGUUCCGAUGUGCAUAUUGUUACUUCUUGAACCCGGCGAGAAAGACCAGGCCACAGGCACCCCGACUCCCUGAGAUCUCUGGAGAGAGGAAGAUGUCAUCUGAAGCACCCUUACCUUUGUCUGCUGCUGAUGGAGAUGAAGACCACUCUGUUUUAGAGAAAAGUAAGCUUGCUGAUACCUCUGAUGAAGCAGACGCCCAAGAGUCAGGCACACCAACAACCACAGAGCCCAGUUGUGCGUCAGACAGCCAAAGCACUCCAGAGUCACAAGAUCCAUCCGCAGAGAAAUCUGAUGGAGAGCAAGAUUUGUCUGCCAUGGAGGUGGAAUAGAACAGUGAGGUAGUCAUUUCUACACAAGUCGUUCUUGAUCUUUGAGGAAAUAAAUGUUAACUUGUAAGUAAACGCCGUGAGUUGGAAUAACACAGCAAUAAGGCAGCGUCUGAUGUUUUUUAACUUACAGUACAGAAUGCCCUUUCUUUUGAGAAUUGCUUUUAUAGUUUGCACAGUACUUAUGAAUUGUAUAAUAUAGCUCAUAGCAUUAGCAUCACCAAACUCACUUCCUUUACAUUUUGAUUACAUGUCCAACCCAAUUUCACCAGUUGUAACUGAGGGAGGAUACCAGUAGGAUGGCACAGAUGUUACAUUAAUUAAGUUUUUGUUUAUAUUACAAGUUUAUAUUACAAGAAAAGUUUUCAUUUUCCCUAUUUAUUUUGGAAUAUAUUUUGCAUGAUUCUGUCUUUGUUAAUUCAAAACUGCUACAAAAAAAUAAUUAUUUUGUGGGAAAAUACAUUUUUAUAUAUAUGUGGAAUUAUUUAUAUAUAGAUGUCCAUAAUGCUGUGCCAUUCUUGACAGUGUUUACCAGGCUAUUCUGCAGCACGGUAGUGCUAAAAACAUGUUUACACAACUUUGGUACAAUAAUAGGAAAGCACAAACAGUUUGUAUUUAUUGCUUAAAGGGAGGAAAGAGAUUUAUGUCAGUACUGUGCACCUGCCGUAAGUGCCUUUUAUGGUUUAAGUCUGUUUCAGAGUAUUUUCAGAGAAACCUAUUUACAUAUAGACAGUAAUGUCAUUGAAGUGUUUACAGACGGUAUGUGUUUGAUGAAUGUCUAAAUCCAUUUGCUGUAUAAAUAAUAUUAAAUAAACUUUUGAGAACAUUCAA